AUGGGUAGACUAAAUGAGAUAUUACUAAUAUUUCUGCAUAUUCAAAUUAUAUUUUGGUGUUGGAUACCGUCUACGAUAUCGAUAAAAAUUAGUCCUUGCGCAAAAUGGAAUAGAACAAGUGAAAUAGUGGCUGGUCUCGGUGGAAGGGGUAACAAUCCUGAUCAACUUCUUGAUCCUGAAGGAAUUUUUAUUCAUAGACAAAGCAACACAUUAUAUGUAUCUGAUACUGGUAAUAGCCGUAUUCAAGCGUUUAAGCUUAAUCAACUAUCGAACAUGGGUACCACCGUCAUAUUUAAUGUCACAUAUCCUACAAAGAUCUAUGUUGAUGAUGAGAACGAUGGGCGAACCAUUUAUGUCUCUCUUCGAAAUGAAGGUCGUGUCAAAAAAUGGGUUCAAGGUGCAUCAGACGGUGUGCAAGUCGGAGGCGAAUGUUCGAUGUGUGAAAGCGUAUGGGUCGACAAAGAGAAAAAUGUUUAUAUGACAUCAGUGAUGAAAAGUUGUGUGUAUAAGUGGUCACCACAAACAAAUAUUAUAACAGUCGUUGCCGGUAGAGAAAUGUGGCAAGGAUCUAGCAGUGAUUCUCUCAAUUCUCCUGAAGGCAUUUAUGUUGAUGAUACCAGUGGUACUGUGUAUGUGGCCGAUUAUGCAAAUCAUCGCAUUCAGAAAUGGUUAAUAAAUGCUCUUAAUGGUACCACUGUAGCUGGACUUAGCACGGGCAAUCAAGGCAGUGAUGCUGAAUCGUUAUCGUAUCCGACUGCUGUAUGGGUCGACGAUGAAACUCAAGUUGUGUAUGUGGCAGAUUCAGACAAUAAUCGAAUUCAACGUUGGUUAUCAAAUGCACUGUUAGGUGAUACCGUUGUUGGUGGAGCAGGUAUGAACGUAGAAUUUUGA